ACGAAAUGUAACGAUUGUUCCGUUCAAAUAAAUGUCAAGUUUUUAUGUCAACCGACUUUUUUAUUUAGUAAAUCUUUUUCGCAUGUAAUAAAAAUGAAUGGAAACUUAAAUAAUAUACAAAAUGGAGAUAAAAUUUUAAAAGAUAUCACGCUAAUUCCCAAUAGUAACGAUAAUCAGGCAAUUGCUAUGCCUUUAAGUGCAUUUCAACAGGAACUUGAAGAAGCUGCUAAUGAGCCUUUAUUCAAUAAUGUACAAGGUGAUGAAAAAUUGGCUGAUUGUUCGUACACAUCAGAAACAGAUGCAGCCGAUGAAUUAGAUGUAGCUAAUACUUCUUUUUGUGAAGACGAUAAUUUAUCAUCAAGUUCAAAUACUCCCAUAAAACCUCAAUUUUUAACGCCUUUAAUAAAUAAGCCUAAUAAAUAUGUUGGAUUCACUCCAAAAUUAACAGAAAUCCACGAAAAUGUAAAAUCUACCAAUUUUAUGCAAACACCAAAUAAUAUUUUACUUGGUUUAGAUAAAAAACCGAUUUUAAAGAAUUUUAUGACUUGUUCACGAUUAAAAGAUUUACGUAACGUACCUAGCGAUGAUCUAAAAUUAAGUAGAAAAUUGAAUAUGUCUGUUGAUGGGAUUAUUGAAAGAGCUGAUCAAAUAUCGUUUAAACAUUUACAUGAUGAAAAAAGGAUACCGUUGAAUAAAGCGGAAUUAGUUGAACCUUUUAAAACGCCAAAAAGCGAAUACAGGACGGGUCAGAAUUUGAUUCAACACGCAGGGGUUGUAUAUUCCUCUCAAAAAUCCGAUAAAGAAAAUGUUUUAAAUCAAUUAACAAGUGUACCGAAAUUAUCAAUAAAAAAUUCAUUACAAAGUGAGAAGAAAUUUCUUGCCUCGUUAAAGGAUGAAAAAAUAACAAAAAAUAUAUCAGACACAAAACCUGUUCUAAAAGUAACUUCAAAUGUGGUAAAUCAGAAUAGUCAAAGAGAAAAUCACCAAAAUGAAAAUUCAAAAAAAGAAAAUUUGAAUAAAAUUUGUACAGUUUCAACAAAUAACAACCUACAGCAAUUUGAUGAAAUCAUUGUAAAUAAUAUAAAAUAUCUGGUUUUAAAUGAAUUGGGUAAAGGUGGAUCAUCUGUGGUGUACCUUUGUUAUAAUAUGGAUAAGAAAGUUCAUAGAGCAAUUAAAAAAGUUAAUUUAAGAGGAGAUAAGUUAUGUGUAGAGGGAUAUAUUAAUGAAGUCAGAAUGAUACAUAAGUUACAAAAUUGUGAUAGAAUAAUCAAAAUGUAUUCAUAUGAAAUUAUAAAAUCAGAAAAAGUCCUGUAUAUAGUUAUGGAAUCAGGCGACCAGGAUUUAUCAAGUAUACUAAAAGAUUUAUGUUCAAAUACAACACAUUUACCUAUUUACAUAUUGAUAUAUUAUUGGAUGGAAAUGUUAUUUGCUGUUAAACAAAUUCACGAAAAUGGAAUUAUACAUUCCGAUUUAAAACCUGCAAAUUUCCUCGCCGUUCGAGGUAAAUUAAAAUUAAUAGACUUUGGAAUCGCAUCGACUGUUGAGCAUGAUAUGACAUCAGUAGUAAAGAAUGUACAAAUCGGUUCGUUUAAUUAUAUUAGUCCGGAAGCUUUACACAAUAACAGUCGAGACACACAAAAAGCCGAAUUUAAGAUUAGUUAUAAAUCGGAUGUUUGGUCAUUGGGUUGCAUUUUAUAUCAAUUUGUCUAUGGCAAAACUCCUUUUCAACACAUUGGUAAUAUGUACGCGAAAUUGGGUGCAAUAUUAGAUCCUGACCAGAAAAUUAAUUAUCCUGAAGCUAAUUGGGUCCCAUCAAAAAUUAUUUCAACCAUAAAAGACUGUCUUAAAUACGACAUGAAAUCAAGACCUUCGAUUGAUGAAUUAAUUAAUCAAUAUGAUAUUCAUGUUUAAUAACUUUUUUAUGAUUUCUUUUAAGUAUGUAAUAGUACAAAUAUUUAACUUUUUUUGAUGAUUGUGUCAAUACUUUAAUAAUAUAAUUGUAUACAUUUUA